ACCGCCCAUCCAGCUGUGAGCCCCGCCCAACCGGCUGUGAGCCCCGCCCUGGCGCGCAGAGGGUGGUGCCGCCACCUAGUGGCCGUUCGGAUCCACUGCAGCAGUACUUCCGGACUGGUGGCCCCCCUCCGCUCCGAGCUCAGAUCGCUGCCUGGACUCCCAUGUGAACGUCCGUCCGUCCGGCCGACCUGGGAAUGAAAUACAUCUGAGCGAGAGAAGUUAACAUCAUCACCUUCAGCAGGACACCUUAAGAAUGGGAGCCAACGAAGAGAAAGGCGGGACUUGUGGGACCAUCUUCCUGAAGUAUCUGCUGUUCACGUUCAACUUCCUGUUCUGGCUGGCGGGGGGCGUCGUGAUGGGCGUGGGCGUCUGGACGCUGGUGGAGAAGAGCGAGUACAUCAGCCUGCUGCCCUCCAAGACCUACGCCGCCUCCGCCUACAUCCUGGUGCUGGCCGGCGCCAUCGUCAUGGUGACGGGCGUGCUUGGAUGCUGCGCCACCUUCAAGGAGCAGCGGAGGCUGCUGCGAGUGUACUUCGUGCUGCUGCUGUGUAUCUUCCUGUUGGAGGUCCUGUCUGGUGUGCUGGCCUACAUCUACUACCAGCAGCUCAGCGUGGAGCUGAAACACUCCCUGAGGGAGACGAUGGUGAAGAAGUACGAGCAGGCGGAGCAGGACCAUGUGACCCGGGCGGUGGACAAGCUGCAGCAGGAGUUCAAGUGCUGCGGGAGCAACCGUUCAGACAACUGGGCGGACAGCCUGUGGAUCCGCUCGGCCCGGGCCGAGGGCCGCGCCGUCCCGGACUCCUGCUGCAAGAGCCCCACCGCGGGGUGCGGCGCGCGGGACCACCCCUCCAACAUCUACCGCGUGGAGGGCGGCUGUGCCAGCAAGCUGGAGAACCUCAUCCUGGACCACCUGAAGAUCAUCGGGAUGGUGGGCGUGGCCAUCGCCUCGAUCCAGGUCACGGGCAUGGUGUUCACCUGCUGUCUGUAUCGCAGUCUCAACGCAGACACUCUGUAACGCAGAAGAGCCAGGAAGGGGAUCCGGGUGAUCCACUCUCCUCGUCAACACACUGUAGUCCACUAGCCCUAGCUUAGUUUCUUUAUCCAUUAUGCAAAGAGAAAUGAAUUGAAUUGGCAACAGAAUGAUGUAUGUAUAGAGAUCAGCUUUUGGCAGCAAAGAGUGAGGAAACAGGGCUUGUACAUCGAGACGUCGCUUGAGAAUAGGCGCUUGAGAACGUUAACGCUAGUCAUGGUGUUUUGGUCAUUGUUUAGUAAUUAAUUGUGAAAUGAUUCGUCAUUAAGGGGGGACAGUGUUGUGUAUUAAACAUGAGAGUGUUUCUCAUGCGAGACGUGGAAAAAAAUCAAAGUUCUGAACAGCCUAGGAUACAGUAUAGGUACGUUUAUGUAGGCUUUUACGGUACUACAAAUCUCUGGAGUCCUCUCAAAAUGGCAGAGGAUCGAAAACAAAAACUCCCAUGAUGCAUUCUGAUGUACAAGCCCUGUCCCGGACGACUCACUGAGGUCGCUACUAGCAGACGGCUCUCGCAGUCAAAUCAUCAAAGGUCCUUCAAAAACUCUGAAAGGUACCCUGAAAUGGCCUUUAUCCCGAGUUAAUUUCCUUUAUUCGUUUGGGACAGAGUGGUUGGAGAGGGGGGUGCCUAUAAGGUGGCCUUCUAUUGAUCGGCGAGAUGUCCCCCCCCCUCCUCAGCCAGCAGCCUCUCAUUCCUCUGUUUAGUCGCCAGUAAUACUUUUGAUAAGUAUUUAUGAUGUGUAUUUUUUUACAGACUUUAAAAAAAAAAUAGUAGGAUAAAUGUGUUGUUUUCUCUGACUUGAGGAGCUUGCUUCCUUAGAGACCUCCUUAGUAUUAAACUGUGAUCAGGACUUAGCUCAGGUCGCUGGUUCUUGAUCAAUCAAAUGAUAUCAGUAUAUGUUAUGCCACCAAGCCUACAUCAAGAAUUCAAAACAUACCUUUUUAGCCUUAUCAUAUGCAUUUCAUAUCACUUCACACGGUAGACUUCCAUCGCUGAAACACGGUGCCUCUAUACAACAUUUAAAAUAGUCUUAUUAGAACGGAUUAUCCACCAGUGCCAAAGUAGUGACCUUUAACUUUAUGUCGACGCCCGCUGAUCAAGAAGUCGUCUUCUGACAGUCUUAAUAUCUCCUCAAGGAGAGCCGGUUUUAUUGUUACCUUUCUUUUUAUAUAUUUUUUAAUGAAGAUUGUAUUCACUUUUAUAUAAGUCAUGUGUUAUUUUAUUGUAUUUAACGGACCAAUGAGAGGUCGGUGACUGACUGAUCUGUAUUCCAAUGUGUGCCUAAUGGACAACACUCAAUCAAUCAAAGAUCUUCUGUAUUGUGUCUUGGUUAUGACUGACGAUGGAACUUUAGCUUGAAUAAAACUUGUUGAAAAUGA